AUGGACGAGUUCGACGCUUACGACCACGGCGCCCCGUUGCGCCAGCGCUACAUCAAGGUGGGCGACCUCUCCGAGGGCUCCUACGGAAUGGUGCUGGUGGCAAACGACACCAUGGCCAACCGCAUCGUCGCCGUCAAGUUCAUCUACCCGGUGAACUACAAGAAGUCGCCUCCCGGCGGCGGCCGCACCCUGCUGCUGCCGGCGAAGUUGCCUCAAACCACUAAAGGGCAACUGGUCCUGGAGGUCAAACGUCACCUACUGGCAAUUGCGGCCAAGGAGAUCGCCAUCCACCACCGGCUCGGCACCCACCCCAACAUCACUUGCUUGUACGACCAUUUCGACUCGUUCUUGGUGAUGGAGUACUGUCUGCACGGUGAUCUUUACGAAGCAAUUCAAAACGGUACCGGUCCCGCCCUUUCCCACGAUAUUAAGGACGUGUUCAACCAGAUUCUCUCCGCGGUCGAGUUUUGCCACCUGCACCUGGUGUACCACCGAGACUUGAAGCCGGAGAACAUUUUGAUCGCCGACGACUGGCUGAUUAAGCUUUGCGACUGGGGUCUUGCUACUACCGAACGGAUCAUCACCAACCGGGACGAGUUUGAUGUUGGCCUGGAGCGCUACAUGGCGCCCGAGCUUUUUGACCAAGACAUCACCGAGUACGACGCCCUGAAGAUCGACUUGUGGCUGGUAGGGAUCAUCCUACUCACAUUGGUAUUCCACAAGAACCCGUUCCUGGCGGCGAACUACUCUGACAAACGAUUCAUUCAAUUCUCCAGCAACCGUGAAGCGCUUUUCGACUUUUUCUCGACGAUGCUGGGGGAAAUGUUCGCCGUGUUGCGCCACUCCCUCAACAUCGACCCGCUGAACCGGGACUUGGGGCUUUUGAAGCAGGAGCUCGAUACGUUGAAGUACUUCACCAUUGACGAAGAGUACUGGGGCGAUAACGACCUGGAUAUUGAAGACGAGCUUGAGCUGGACGAAGAGGCCGUGUUCAGUCCUCAAGGGCUGCCGCUUAAGACCGAUGCCACGCUGAAGCUGGUGGCGAUCUCCGACACCGACAAGCAGCUCCCCGAGUUCUCGGUGCUGCCGCCUAAGCUGCUGAGCCUGAGCGACGACAGUGAGAUGCCCCACAACCGUCGUGCCGACGCCCUUUUGCUGCUGCUGACCAACUUAAAGCCGAUCCCUAUUGGUGGCAAGUUUGUCCGCAACACCCGCAAACCGUUUACGGUGGCGCUGUACAACCAAAACGGGCUGUACAUGAAGUCGCUGCGCAACCGUGACUUCAACCGGGAGGACUUCUUCACUCCCAAGCUGGUUUUUAACCAUUAUUUGGACAAGUACGGCGAGCAGCAGCAACAAGACAACCGCAAGCCGCGGAAGUAUUCUCACCUGACCCAAGGCCAAGGCAGAGGACGCCAAUACUGGCAAAAGAAGCGCAAGGCGCGCACGUGGAAAAAGCCCAAGAAGAAGGCUUCGAACCGGCUGUGGCGCUUCAACAACCGGCUUGAGCUCAACAACCAGGCCCACUUACAAGGGGAACACCUGGACCGUACCCAUAACCGCCGCAAACUGUACUCGGCGGCGACCACCCGUCCGCAGAAGCCGGCUAAUGGCAAGUACGUGCCGCCGCUGAUGCGGCUGCCGAUGCCGAAGCCGGUGACGGACCUUGUCGCCGAGAUGGAGCGAGUGGCAUUGCAUGACGAACGUGAAGAACUUGACGAAGUGUUUCACUUAGACGACGACUUUGACUUUGGCGAAGGGUUCGACCCCACCGACGCCGGCACCGACGCCGUGUGUGCCGGCCACCGGCGCCAACAACUGGACGACCAGCGUGGCAAAUAUGUCCCUCCGUUCAGACGGGGUCUGAUUGGGGGCACGGCGAGACCCAAAGUGCGGCAGCCAGUGGCGGUGCCGCUGACGCUGGUGCCGUUACACGACUAUUGGCCGCGCAAAGACUGGUCGGACUAUGAUUAG